UGAUAAGGAAGGAAAGAAAUCUUGCCGCAAAAAGAGACAGUACACAAAUCGAAAAUUAGUCACCCGGAGAUAACUUCGUAGGUGUACAGUCAGAGAACGAGGAAGAACUUGAUAAAAUGUUUUACAUUGAAGGACCAUCUACAGCAUUAAAUCUCAUGAAGGGGCAUAUUGACCUUUUGACUGCAAGAAGGUUCAAGAGUUAUUCUGUUUAAGGAAAUCAAAAUUGGAGAACUAUGCCACAUGUAUGUGAGUUCUUUGGAAGAGGAUUCAUCAAGUCUGGAAAAUUACAGAUUCAAUCAUAUAAGGAUCUAUCCUUAGAGAGACAAUGCGAGUACGGUACAUGAGAGAAAGGAUUCUGUGAGACACGGAAACAGAAGAAGCAUAGCAGAGUACACAUUCUAGUCAUCUCUACAGUAAGAAUUUUUCUGAGACUGAAACGUUAAAGAGUCAUCACCAUGUGUGCACUCAAAACAACAACCCCAUUUUAGGUACAAAAUCUGUGUUGAGGAAGAAAUGGAUGGAAAUAUUCAGAAAGACGAGAUUGAGAUAACUCACGGCUGUCAGGUCUGUGGUAUGACAUUCAAUCAGAUCACUAGUCUCCAACAACAUGUCAUAAUACAUGUAAGUAAAAUACCAAGUAGGAAUAAUGGAUGUCAUGAUAACGAAAUCCAUGAUGUUUCUGAUGAUCAGGAAAUCAACAGGACAAAGACAGUUGAGAAAACAUUUAAAUGUGACAUAUGUGGGAAAGAUUUCAGUAAAUCUGGAAACCUGCAAAAACAUAUGGAAAAUCAUGGCAAUUGGCCUCCACAUUGUGAGUUAUGUGGGAAAACCUUUACAGAAGCUGCUAGUCUUCGCAGGCACUCAAUGAUACACACUGGAGAGCGACCAUUUGAAUGUGAAAAGUGUGGUAAGGAGUUUACCCGGUCUGCACAGCUCAAAAAACAUCUUGAGAUGCAUUCUAUUAUAAAGAUGCACACAUGUUACGUCUGCAGAAAGUCCUUCAAUGAUGCUAUCACUCUGCAGGUGCAUAUGGGAAAACACACUGGUGAAAAUUGUUUUAAAUGUUUUGCAUGUGAAAAGGUGUUCGAUGCUGCAGGAAAACUCCAGCGACAUAUGAUCGUACAUUCAAAUAUUAGGCCUUAUGAGUGUGAUUAUUGUAAAAGAACAUUCAAAGAGAAAGGGACCUUGAAGAAUCAUAUUCGCACACAUUUUCGAGAGAAAAAAUCUGAAUGUGAAAUAUGUCACAAAUUUUUUAGUGACUCCCAUAGUCUGCAAAGGCAUCUGAAGAGACAUACAGGAGUGAGACCAUAUAGUUGUAACAUAUGUGGGAAAGAUUUUGCUGAAUCCGGACAUUUAAAAACUCACAUGAACAUACAUACUGGGGAAAAACCAUUCAUGUGCGAUAUUUGUGGAAAAGAUUUCAACACUGUUGGCAGUCUGCAAAGACAUAUAAGAAGGCAUUUGGGAGAGAAGCGACACAAAUGUGAUCUCUGUGAAAAGGCUUUUGUAGAGCUAUGGACAUUACAAGUUCAUCGUCGUAAGCAUACUGGGGAAAAACCAUAUAAGUGUGACAUAUGUGGUAAAACAUUUAGUCAGACUGGAUCACUACAGAAACACAAUCGGGUCCAUACUGGAGAAAAACCAUUUAACUGUGAGAUAUGUGGGAAAGGUUUUUCUGAGUCUGGCAAAGUUAGAAGGCACGUCAAAAUGCAUGAAAGAAAUGAACGGAUGUCAAACUCAGCACCUUCCAAUAGUGAACUACCAGUCAAGGUGAUGGUGUCGGAGGAUAAUGUAAUGCAUAUGUUAAAUGUUUAACUUCAUAUUAACAAUAUUUUGAAUCACUUGAAGCAUGCAUUAUUACAACCCCAGGUUUGUGAAUGUAAAUGGUCUUCCUGUACUUGAGAUGUUCAAAAAGACUUUAGAAAAUGCAUAAUAUCCAGCCUCUAAAUGUAUUACCCA